GAAAAGCGCGAAGCCAUGGCCAAAAUCUGUGCCCCUGGAAAGCCCAGGAUUUUGUGCCUCCAUGGGUUCCGGACAAGCGCCGCAAUCCUCGAGACGCAGAUCCGCAAGUGGCCCGAAUCCAUCCUGGAGAAGCUGGACCUGGUGUUCCUUGACGCGCGGUAUCCUUCUGCUGGCAAGUCGAGCGUGGAGGGCAUCUUUGACCCUCCUUACUACGAGUGGUUCCAGUUCCAGGUCCAUCAGGAUCAUACAGAGUACCAGAACUAUGAAGAGUGCAUCGCCUACAUAGAAGAUUUCAUGGUGCAGAACGGCCCUUUUGAUGGCUUACUGGGUUUUUCCCAGGGGGCUUCUCUGUGUGCUACAUUGCCAGGAAUGCAGGAGGAAGGAGUGGCACUCACCAAGGUGCCCAAAAUCAAGUUUGUGAUUAUAAUUUCCGGUGCUAAGGCAGGCGGAGCAAAAUACACCGCACCUAAGCUCGUAGCUAACGCGUUUGCGGCUCCUAUUAAGUGCCCUUCUCUUCAUUUCAUAGGUGAGCAGGAUUUCCAGAAGACAGAGGGACUUGCUCUAAUUGAUUCGUUUGUGGAUCCGCUGGUCAUUCAUCACCCAAAGGCCCACACAGUCCCCAGGCUUGAUGAUCAGAGCGUAAAGAUUGCGCAGAAUUUCGUUGAGAAGAUCCUGAAUCUGGCCACCACAUGAGGCGCUUCCUUGCAACUAGCAAUGAAGAUCAAUAAUAAUUCUCAUCUGAGAUUCGACUUGCGAAUGAUAAUUACUCGAAGUUACUCAGUUGGAUGAUAUUCUUCUUUUUCUGUGAUUUUCAUUUCGUGGUCUGAUGGGACUUCUAUCAAAAGUGCCUCUCCUCUCCUCUGCCCAAACGCAUGCGAAGCGAGCGUUCUAUGGCCGGUUUGUACGUUAAAAAAUCGGACUUUUUGGCUA